UGCCACAUCAGUUGUACACUGCACUGUGUGAUCGUGAGGGGUGGCAAUGCUCUUUUGAUUGUGGUGUAUGAUCUAUAGAAGCAAGGCCUGAAGAUGCUGGAAGAAUUGGCUCCAGAAAUAAUAUGGGCUGCUGGAUUAGGGACCGUUGUGGUACUUGGACUGAUGAUGGUCGUUUGGUUCGUCUCUACUCGGGAAGAGAAAAAACGUGAUUCCCCACCACAAGCCAAUCUCAGUGUCUCAAAAACAGGAAAAGUAAAGAAGAAGCAGUAUGGUUCACCACGUAAGAAGAAGGAGGUGUUGAGUGAAGCUGUUAUUCAGGAGCAUAGUGAUACUGAAGCCCCCAGCACUGAGCCAACUGGUGAGUUUCUGCCUGUAACGACAGUACCAGUCGAGGAGACUCUGGUCCGUCAAAAGGAAAAUGAAGAAAGUAAAAAGAAAACCAAGCCCUCCAAAACACAGCACCAGACACAUGAAACGGAUGUGAAACCUCCACCAGCGCCGGAGGUAAAGACACCUCCUGUGGUACCCCAGGCUGCUGAGAAUAAAAGCCCUUCCGUUAAAACCCAAUUGCAAGAACGCAAGCCUCCAAGUGCUAAAGAACCUAAAUUUGAAGAGUCUCGUCCUUCACCAAAGAAAGUGAAAACAAAGGUCAAGCAGUCUACCCACCAUUCUUCCAGUGUCUCUAGUGAAGUUGUCAUGUCUGGCUCUAAAAUUGCUGAAGCUAUAGCCAAUAGUCCAUUGUCUGAGGAAGAGGUGCAAAUUGUGAUGGAAAAAUUACUCGAGAAACAGAGCGAAGAGUGGGAAGCUGCUGGUAGAGCUGAUAGUAUAAAGUCUCUUAAGAAAACAAAUGAGGAAUUGGCUACUAGAGCUCGUGAUGCUGAGAAGUCUGCUCAGUCACACAGUGCACGAGUGAAGGAGUUAGGGUUGGAGUUAAAGCAGGAAAGGUCUCGUCUAUCAGCAUCAGAGACUGCAUUUCAGGCAAAGCUUGCAAAGCAGCAAGAAGACUUAGAUAAUUUGAAGAAGAGCGUUCAACGAUAUCGUCAAGAGGCAGAGAGCCGCCAAGGACAGGACAUGAACGGUGAAUUGGCAAGACUACAGGAAAGCAAUCAAACCUAUUUAAAGCAGUUGUCGCAAUUAGCAAUGGACAAGUCUCAGUUAAAUGCUGAAUUGUCUACUCAAAUAAAACAAUACCAGGAUAUACAGAACGCUUUUGAUGAGGCCUCAAGGAAGUUAGCAAAUGAAUCUGACAAAUUGUCAACAGCACAGAGAGAGAAUAAGCAGCUGUUCAGUGAAAUUAGCAACAAUCGUGAAGAGAUAAGGAAGCUAACUAGUGAGCUCAAUGUUGCCAGAGAGACUCAGAGGAAAGCCUCAACUUCUGAAGAAUCAGCAGUUGAUCAAGAAAAGGUAGAACUAAGAAAGGAGCUUGAGGCUCUCAAGAAGAAAUAUCAAGAGAAGGAACUAGCCUUACAGGAAUCAGAACAAUCUCAGAAGAAUCUUCAAGGUGACAGCACUAAAACUUCACUUGAGCUGCAGACUGCAAAGGAGUCGUUAAGGCAGUUGGAAGACAGUGUCAAUAGCAAAGUAACGGAGUUGAAAGAAGUUCGUGAAAAGAUGACGUCAUUGGGAGAAAAGCUUCAGCUAAAGGAUGAUGAAAUAAAACAGUUAUCUAAAACACUGGAUGAGAAGGAAGAGGCUUUGAAAAAGGAAAAGGAAGCAGUGCCUGUUCAACCAGCAAAUGAUGUUACUGAAAUGCAGAGCAAGAUAGAUGACUUGAAGAAGAAAAAUGAUGUGCUUCGUGAGCAGGCAUGGAAGACUCAAGAAGACUUGGAAGUUGCCAAUAGAAAUGUUACGGAGACUAAAGAUAAUUUUAAAGAUUUCUUAAAGUCAGCCUUUCCACUAUUAAAAGAUGAUGUGGCUGAUUUUGAUGGCUGGCUUCAGUAUGCAAAGGAAUGGAUACCCAAGAAACUGAGUGAGUCAGAGACUGACUCUAAACAGAAAAAUGUUAAGAUUGAAGAGAUGAAGAAAGAGAUUGAGGAAGGAACUGCAAUGACAAAUGAGCUGCGGGAUACCCUCUCUGAUACACUAAGUAAACUAGAGGACCUAAUGAAGAAAUGGGAAGAGAAGGAGAAAGGCUAUAAUUCCACUAUAAAUGAGGAACGGACUCAGAGACAAAGUAUUGAUAAAGAAUUGAUCAGUGCUAAAGAGAAGAUAGAGAAGCUGUCUUCGGAUAAUGAUCGUCUGACAAGUCAGUUUGAUGCUCUUAGACUGGAGAAGGAGUCUCUUGUCAAAGACCAUGAGUCGGCUUUACAGGCAAAAACUGAUUCCUUGCAGUUAUUAAUAAAUGAAGAAAAGGCAAAGGCUGCUGCAGAACAAGAUAAAGAAAAGGAAUCGUUGGAGCAGGCAGAAAAGAAAUUAGCUGAAGUGGCGGGUGAAAGAGACACUCUUAAUAACAAAUUAAAAGAAACAGAAAAGAAAUUAUUAGAUUUGGCAGCCGAGAAAGAGACCCUGAACAACCAGUUAGGACAAUUUAAAACAGAAGUCAAUGAUUUUAGGCAGCAACUAGACGAAAAGGAUAAACUAAUUGAAAGCCUAAGAGCAGCUAAUCAAGACUUUAAUCAGCGUAUGUCUAAAUUAAGUCCUCCCCCAACUGUCUCAUCGGCUAGCAGUGAUGUGUAGGGCGACCUGUUUGGCUACCGAGACACAUUUCUCAUGACUGUAGAGUUAAUUACCAGCUAGUUGUUUGUUUAAUUUAAAUUUUCUCUGACAUUUACUGUUCUUCUAGUUUUUUCUUUUCAUUUUCAUGUA